AUGUGUGGUGUCUACGUCUGCCUGAGCUACACAUGGGGCCUGCAAAACACCUGCGUGACGACCCCUGAUAGCCUGCAGUCGAACUUGGCCAACAUCCCUUACGACCAACUUCCGCAGACGUACAAGGACGCUGUGACGGUGGCGCUGGCUCUCAACUUUCCUUUCCUGUGGAUCGAUAGCCUGUGUGUCAUCCAGGGCGACGAAGAUUCUGUAGACUGGAAAGAGCAGUCAUCCCAAAUGGCAGAUAUAUACGGAAACGCCGAGCUGGUAAUUGCAGCCGCGAGUUGCACGAGCGUUGGGGAUGGGUUUUUGUCUACGGCACGGCAUUCCCGAGAUCUCAUCAAGUUCGAGAGGCACCAGAACACACAGCCGCGUCUGGAACUCGGCUGGUCUACCCUGGCAGAGCCCAAGGCGGAGGGGACGCUGAGCCGCAGCUGGUGCUUCCAGGAGGAGUGCCUCGAUGAAGGGUACCGGUGCGAGUGCGCGUUCUCUGCGGCGGUGUCGUCGCUGGGGCUCGUGACAAUCAAGGAGCUGUACGAGCCGCGCCUGGAGCUGGGCGGCCCCUACGAGACGCCGAACUGGAUGUGGCAGAGCACCGUCGAGCACUACACGCGGCGGAGGCUGACCGCUCUCUCCAGCGUGGCCCGCGUAGCCCAGUUGGCUCUGCGGACGAGAUACGUUACCGGGCACUGGUGGGACGCGGACUUCCUCUGCAGCCUGUGCUGGGCGCCCGUGUGUACCGAGGAGACGGAGCGGACGUUCUCGGCGGACUGCUACGUCGCGCCGUCCUGGUCCUGGGCCGCUCACAACGGGCCUGUGACCAUGUGGAUCCUCGUCGUGCCGGCGACGCGGGACGACGACGUUGGCGCUGUCUCGAGCGGGAGGAUCACCGUCCGCAGAGUCUUUCUCGGGGUGGCUGUCGAUACGAAGCCGAGAGAACAGCCGUUGGGCGUGAUGAUGAGAAAGCGGGAGGCGAUCACGUUCAGUUUCGACCGCCCGCUGGGACUCACGAGCGCGGCAGACAAAUACUUUUGCUGGGUUGCGUGCGUCCUUCCGGGCCAGGCUUCCCGCAGGCGGAAGUCGGAUACGUACUGUCUGAUCGUGCUCCGUGGCAAGCCUGAGGGCCUCGAGCAUGUGUGCGAGCGUGUCGGGUUUGUCGACCAUGAGGCUGUGACGAAUAGCACCUGCAUGCGGUUCUUUGAAGGAUACAGGAAGUUGUAUAGAAUUGCUGUCAUAGUCUAA